AGUAGUCGAUCCGAAAAACAACUAUGGAAUAAAACUAAGGUCGUCUGUAGUGGUGGCUUUAAGACGGGCUGCAAUGUAAUAUUACUUUGAAUAAGGCUGCAAAAUCUUAAAUAGUUCUGUUUUUAACCAUAUCCUCUUACUCAUUAUUCGUCCCAAAAGGACUACCCAUUAGUGGCCUAAAAUUUAUCUGCAAGAUUGCAAUGCAAAUUCUCACCAUCAAGAAUUCCGAUGACUAUAAAUUUAAAACUAUAAACAUCACGGUUUGUGACAAAUUUUCUAGCUUCACAUACUUUAUUUAAACACCCUUUAUAAUUUUAAAAGGCUGCACCUGUCACUGAAGUAGAAGAUGAAGAUGCUUACGUGAUCGAACUGGCAUUUCCCCUUUUGGAAUCCGGAAGUUUUAACCAAGUCCCUCUUAUAAUCGGAACUACUUCUGGCGAAUCUCUCAUGUGGUAUGGAGAUUGGGUAACACUUGCCGAAACUGCCCUAGAGUACGACACAAACAGUAGCAGCUUGAUACCCUACGAUUUGAUACCCAUCGAAGGGGUCGAUUUGAACGAAGUUGGAAACAUAAUCAAAGAGGCCUACGCAGGCGAAUCCGGUUCGUUUUUGACAAAUUUCGGAGCAGUUGUCGAGGUAAAGCCAAGCAAUAUUUUCUAGAUUACACAGAAUAUAUUGUGCGCUAUAUUUUAAUAUAAUAGUGACACCAUGUUCGUAACAGCGGCUCUAAAGCAAGCGGACCUUCAAUCGAAAUACUCACCCGUCUACUUUUACAAAUUUUCGUACGAAGGUCUUGUGACCCAAUUACACAUCAAUGUCGAAGGGACGGGCAAUGUAAUGCGCGCCGAAGACAUGGCUUAUGUCUUCGAUUUGAUAUUUGGAAGUUUGACCGAAGAAGACAAUUUGACCGGAGACAGAGUAGUGAAACUGUGGACCAAUUUUGCGAAAACACUGAAUCCCACCCCUGAUCACUCAGACCCGCUCCUUAACGUGACUUGGCUGCCAGUUUCGUCUACGGACAUUCAGUAUUUAGACAUCGACAAAACUCUAGACCUUAAACACGGAAGGAAAGCUAGCGAGUUUGACAUGUGGAACGAAACUUACUAUAGCUACGGCAAGCAACCUCUUAUAGGAUUUUAAAAUGUUUGACACGAAAAUAAAUACACAAUUUGUCGUAA